ACUGUCAGACAUGUUUUUUGGCUUCUGAACACCUGCAUCUCAGGCCAAGCGGAACCCCAACACACAAAGUCCCCAAAGCUAUCCCACUCCAUAAGCUUCCAUCAAACGUCUCAUCUCAAUCCUCGAGUGCUAGAUUCUGGCUCCACUAACUCCACUCACACUCACCCACUGUACGUACCUGGCCACACACACCUGAGCUUAGCAGCUGAGCAGAGCUUGCUCUCCGUCUCCUAGGAUAGGAGCUUACAAUGCCGCGCCUCCACCGUUACACCGCCGCGCUGGUGCUGGUCACCAUCAGCACCCGCCUCCUGCCGCUGCCCGCGGCGUCACCGGCAUUGCCCGACCCGGCGUCGCUCGAGCCGUCGCUGCUCUUCCCGUCCGCGGGCGGCGGCGCGUCGCAGACGCAGCCCCAGUCACCCGCGGGGGGCUCCACAAUCCCGGCCUUCCCGGAGCAGUCAGAGGCCGCCGCCACCACCUCCGUCUGCCAGCUCACCCCGUCCCCUCCGCUCCUUCCCGCCGUCCUCGCCUCCUGCAACGCCAACGCCGGCGGGAGCGGAGGCGUGCUCCCUCCGCGGCUGCGCUGCUGCCCGGCGCUCGCCGCGUGGAUGUACGCCGCGUACGCGCCCACCGCGCUGUCGGGCCGCGGCGCCCGGGAACCGUCGUCCGUGGCCGCGGCGGCGGAGGCCGCCGCCGUGGUGGACAUGCCGGUGCUCCCGGACGACGCGGAGGAGUGCGCCGGCGCGGCGGACCGCGCCCUGCGGGCGGCCGGGGCGGCGCUUCCGCGGCCGCAGCAAGGGGGCGGGAGCACCGGCGCUGGCAACGGGACGGCGGCGUGCGACGUGGAGUUCUGCUACUGCGGGGUGAGGCUGCGGCGGCCGGUGUGCCCGGCGCCGGAGGGCAGGAUGGCGAGAAGGCUGGAGAGGGACUGCGCGCUGCCGGGGAUCGCCGGCUGCUCCAAGUGCCUCCGUGCGCUCAACAAGCUGAGCGGGAAGACCAACGCCACGUCGUCGGCGAAGGCGAGGCAGGAGCAGCGCGAGGACUGCCAGGUCAUGGGCUUGACGUGGCUGCUGCAGCGGAACGCCACGCGGCACAGGGAGGCGGCCACGGCCGUGAUCCAGGCGCUGAUGGCGGCUGACGAGGCCGGGGCCGGCCACCAGGCCACCUGCUCUCUCCCCGCCGGCGACGAGCUGCCCGUGGCCGUGGGCUCCUCACAGAUCAAUGGCACCGCGGCCGCGUCACCCUCCGCCGUUGGCCACCUGCUCCUGGUCCUGCUUGGCGCUUCCCUCGCCUUUGUGUCGCAGUGCCUCUGAAUGGCUCGAAAUUGAUCAGUGGCAUCGCAUCGCAUGCUCUUCUAUCUUUGUUAUCUGUUUACUUGGUUCUUUGCAGUGUAGUUCAGCGAAGAUUUAGAAUUAAGAUGUCAGUUGGACCCCGUUGAUGUAAUUAAUUAUAUAUGUUUUAUCCUCACCUAAUCGCGUGGCAUGAUGAAAUGCAUCCCGUUCCACGAAGACUUUGUAAGCGAUUGUACGACGGCCUGUUGGAAUAUAUGGGUUUGGCCCAUUUAUAGGAUAA